AUGGCCGACCUGAAGCAAGAGCAGUCGGACGCCGGCCUCAAGGAGCGCUUUUUUCGUUAUUUCCAGCACGAAGUAAUUGCGCUACAGGAGCAGAUUGAGCAGCUGGCGGAGAAAUCAGCGACGGGCGGCGAGCGGACCGACGGCGUGGACCACUGCCUCGCAGGCAUAGCGCGCCUGUCGCACGAGGUCAAGGACGCAUCGAGCUACAUCCCCGCAUACGAUCAGCGGACAUACGCGGAGGCCAUCAAGGCGCUCACGGAGAAGCUGAACACGACGCGCGCGUCGUUUGCGCCGCGUACAAAAUUCCAGUUCAAGGGCCGCGCCACCAGCGCCAUCUCGCACCACAAGAAUCCGUCUGCCAUUUCCAUCACCGAUGCCGCGGAGCUAGCAGCACAGCAGAAGCCCAAGGCAGGCAGUGGCGGCGGCGGCGGCGGCGGCGGGUCCGAGGGGGCGUCGACGACGGAGUCGAGCGCGUUUGCGAGCCCCGCGCCCGCCACGCCGGCCGAGGAUGAGACGGGCGAGGAGGAUGCGUUUGUGAACCGCAACCUGACGAGCGCGCAGCGGGCCGAGUCGAUCAUGCGGCAGCCGUCGUUCUCGGGGACGACGAGCGUGGCCAUCGCGGGGCACAGCAACCUGCACAUCCUGGUGCCGGCGGCGGCGUCGCACGCCACCAGCUCGGGCUCGGUGGGCAACCUGCGACACUGCGUCGUCGACCUGUCGCUGCCGGCCGCGCACGGUGGCCCGUUUGCCGGCCUGACGGUCAAGCACGUCAAGGACAGCCUUGUCGUGUGCGGCCGCGUCGCCGGGCCCAUCCACAUCACCGGCGUCCGCAACGCCGUCCUCGUCGUCGCCUGCCGCCAGUUCCGCAUGCAUGAGUGCGCCAACGUCGACGUCUACCUCCACUGCGCCAGCCGCCCCAUCAUCGAGGACUGCAAGAACAUUCGCUUCGCGCCUAUCCCCGCCGUCUACCACCCGCCCUCCUCCUCCGAAGAGCCCAACCUCUGGGACCAAGUCGACGACUUCAAGUGGCUGCGCGCGGAGCCGAGCCCGCACUGGAGCGCGCUCGCGCCCGCGUCGCGCGUCCCCGACCCCGUGUGGCGGGACAUGGUGCCCGGCGGCCCCGGGCUGGGCCUCGACGCCAUCCUGGCGGCCGUGGGCGUGGGUGCGGCGGCCAAGGGCGUCGAGGGCGCUUAG